UUCGUGCUCGUUUUUUCGUGACUCACUUUUAUACUUUCGGUUUUGUUGCUGGUGAACAGAAAAUGGCGAAGAGUGCAGUUUUGAGAGAGAAGGAUGCUGCAGACCAAGAAGAGAUGCAAGGACUGAUACAGGAGAUUGCUAAAGAAAGUUUGCACUUAAAAUUGGCAGAUCAGAGGAUUGUGCUGUUGGGUAAAACUGGAUCAGGAAAGAGUUCAACAGGAAACACCAUCAUCGGCAACUUUGAGUUUAAACAUGGUGUUUCCUCUAAGUCUGUUACUAGACACUGUCAAAGACACGUGACAACAGUGGAGGAUAAAAUCAUCUCAGUGAUCGACACUCCAGGACUAUAUGACACAUCAUUAAGUGAAGAAGAGCUGAAGAAAGAGAUCGAGAAGUGCAUCUACAUGUCUGCUCCUGGCCCUCAUGUGUUUCUGCUGCUCAUCAGACUGGGUGUGAGAUUCACAGAAGAAGAGAAGAAAACAGUGAAAUGGAUUCAGGAAAACUUUGGAGAAGAAGCUUCUCAUCACACCAUCAUUCUGUUCACUCACGCUGAUUAUCUGAAGGGGAUUUCAUUAGAAGAAUACAUCAAUGAAAGUAAUGAUCUCAAGGCUCUUGUUGAUGAGUGCGGUGGCAGAUUUCACUCUUUCAACAAUGAAGACAUGAGUAAUCGCUCUCAGGUCACAAAACUGCUGCAGAAGAUUGAUAAAAUAGUGAGGAUCAAUGGAGGACAGCACUACACUAAUGAGAUAUUUAAAAAAGCCCAGAGAAAGAUUGAACAAGAGGCUUUAAAACAAAAACUGUGGGACUAUGGGCAAACCGCACUAACAGCAAUAGGAGGAGCAGCAGUAGCAGUAGCAGGAGUAGGAGUAGCAGCAGUAGUAGGAAUAGCAAUAGCAAAAGGAAAAUAAGGGCCGUAGUUAAUCUGAUUAAACAACAAAGGCCAGAUCGUCAUACACUCAUUUAUAAUUUAGUUAUCUAAAAGAUUUAAUGAGAAUUUUAAGAUUGCCAUGUUAAGUAUAUACUAUAUUGUAUGUAUAUUGAUUAUUUCAUCUGUUGAAUUGUGAUUGUAAAAACCUGGAACUAUAUCUCUCAUUUUCUUCCUAAACGUUCUAAACAAAAAUGCUAUUUUAUAGAGUCUAAUUUCUAAGAAACUCUCUACUAAGACAGCUCUCGACCUGUGGUAAGAAGAGAAGUUUCUUGUUUGUAUAACGUGGACUUAAUAAAUCCUUAUCUUGAGCAAAUUAAGCAUGGUUUGUAUGAUGAGUGUUGAUGAAGUGUGUCUCAAUUGCUCAUCUUGCACAAAAGAGGGUGUAUUUUCUCUUCACUGUAUCAAAGUACUGAUGCAUUACAGUGAUCUUUCUGCCAUAACAGAAUUAUUUACAGUUCAGUAACAUCUCAACCUUUAAUGAAGUUAUAAAACAAACAAACAAACAAAAAUCAGUGAAUAACUUAGACACCCAUUCAAACAUAAACAAUUAACUUCAGCUGAUCUGUUUCUCUGUUAAUCUCAUUCUGUAACAACAAACAAGUGUUUUUAACACUGCAGUUAUUGAAAGAGAAUUCAUUUACUGUUUUUUUUUUCUUUUUUUUUCUUUUUUUUUUCUUCAGUAACAAUCAGUUAAACAGCGCAAAAGUAUGAGUGAAUAUCUGUAUUUUAGGAGAAUUUAACCUUGUGUAAAAAUUUUUUGAAAAUGGUUGUUAAAUUUUACUGAAUUUUCUCUGUAAUUUUUUUCCCCUGUGUAGAAUAUUUUUAGUAUUUCACAUUAGUGACACCUUUUUAAAUGAAUAAAUAAAUCCUCCAGCUGAGAAACAUUAGAGUGGUGAUCAAAUCCUUGGGGAUUGUUUCUUAUUUGUGUUGUAAUGACGCCAUUGGGAUGUGCAUCCCAAGAUAAAACAAAAGCAAAUGGAAAAUAAUUAAUGUAGCUGCUGUUCAUAACUUUCACGAUCACUGUCUGUUCCUGUCAGUUCCUGGACUCCAUUUCCCAUAAUCCUCCUUGCCAAUCACAUGCACACUCCACACCAAUCACCAGCUGCCACAUACAGCUUAGCACACUACCUGGACUAUAAAGGACUCACACACACACCACCUCAUUGCGAAGUCUUGAUUUGCUGUUGUGAUCAUUUCUAAGCGUUUUCUUGUGGACUGUUUCCUGGUUUCCGGUUGGAUUGUUUAUUCUUUGUGAUUCUCUGCUGCCUGCCCUGAUCUUUGCCUGUUUCCUGGACUGUGAUUGUUUGCUGCCUGCCCUGAUCCUUGCCUGUACCCUGAUUCUGUUUGUCUGCCGCCUGCCUCGACCAUUGCCUGUCCUUGUUUAUGUUCCUGCCUCUGCCCCUGUCUACCUGUGUAAAUACUGUUCUUAAUAAAGCUUGCAAAUGGA